GAGAUGUGGCGUCGCUGUCGUGUAUCUUUGGUGGGACGACGGCCUAAAUCUUCGCGCUAAGGCUACGCGCUACGCUUUGUUUUCUAUCCUUGUUCCUUCUCUUUACGGUCGUUGCCUUAGACCAUGCGAGAAAGACAAAAAUAAUAUUAUUUUAUACUAUAGAGGUUAUGUUUAUGAUAAUUCAGAUAUAAUUUUCGUUAAAUUUUGUUGGUCGUUUUUCUUAGUAAGCUUUAGUCGUUUCUAUUAGAGGAGUUGUGCGUGUGAUAAGAUUUUAACAAGGAAAGGACAUACAAUAAAUUCCUAAGACACCCCAUUAUAGUUAUUUUGCAAUGGACAAGUAGGUAGAAGAGUUUUUUUUUUAACUUUAAAUGUUACCUACACCGAAUUUUUUUAUUUUAACUUUAAAAUUUAAAAAAAUAUAAUGGCGAACCAAUUCCCUUAGACUCCCGGUAUAUUUUAAUGCAAUUGUAUAUGAAACUAAAAAAUAUAAAUAUUUUAGGUUCCUAAUAAAAAAACCCAAACAGUCUGUUAAACCACAAGAGACAGCAGAACAAGAACAAGAAAGCUCAAGUUCUAAAAGUGUCACAGAAGAACCUGUUGCUGGUUGCAGUCGUGCCGAGGAAGCCAGAGCAAGUACCAGUGAGGUAAUCCCUGCAAAGCAGAAGAAAGAAAAAAUAUACAAACAAAAUUUUAGAAAGCAAUGGACCAUAACAUUUAAAUGGCUUGAUGUACAUGAAAAUGGGGACUUUUAUUGCAAAGUGUGUAAUAGCACCCUAAAAGGUGGUGUACCUCAUUUUAAAAGGCACCAAGAAAAUUCUUUACACAAAAUGAAUUUGGAAAAAGCGAAAAAUACCCCAAAAAUAAUAAAUUUUGUAAAAAAAAAUGAUCAAGUGGAGAAAUCUGUUAGGCGGGCUGAGCUUAAACUUGUAGCAUUUAUUAGUGAGCAUAAUCUACCAUUCCUCAUAAUGGAUCACUUAAUACUAUUAUUAAUUUCAAUUUUUCCUGAGUCAGAUGUGGCUAAAAAACUUAAAUGCAACAGAACAAAAGCCACAAAAUUGACUAAAGAUUGUUUAGCUCAGGAACAAAUAAACUUGAUAACAAGUAUAUUGCAGAAGCAGCACUUUUCACUUAUAAUUGAUGAGACCACAGACAUAAGUACCCAAAAAUCAUUAGUUCUUAUAACUCGGUAUUUUGACAAAAUACACCAAAGAUCUAGAGACACAUUUCUGGGACUUUUAAGGGUGCAAGACUGUACUGCCCAAGGCAUUUAUAAUUCCAUUUGUGAAUAUUUAGGAAAUAUACAGGUGCCAAUUCAAAACCUACUAGGUUUUGCAUCUGACAAUGCUGCUGUAAUGAUGGGGAACAUGGGAGGUGUGCAAAAGCUGUUAAAAAAUAUUUUACCUAACAUUUUUGUGCUGGGCUGUGUUUGUCAUAGCUUCCACCUUUGCUCUUCAGCAGCAUCAAAAAAGCUUCCAAGGAGUGUAGAGGACUUUAUCCAGUCAAUAUAUAAUUACUUUUCACAUAGUAGCAAACUCCAGGAAUGCUUUCAAGAAUUUCAAGUUUUUUGUCAGCUAAAGCCACACAAAAUGCUUCAUCCCUCUCAAACCAGAUGGCUCUCUUUACAGGCUGCUGUAGACCAAACUUUAGAGAACUGGGAUGCUCUAAUACUGUUUUUUAGAGAUGAAUGCUUUCAAGAAGACUUGAAUUCAACAAAAAACAUUUUGAAUUGCCUGGAACACCCUACAUAUAAGAUGUAUUUUACGUUUUUAUCCUAUAUUCUAGAUUUGAUAAACAAAUUGAAUAUGGAAUUUCAAGCUGAGAAACCAAACGUUUUUAACCUAGUCACUAGAGUAAGUGAUGUGUAUCGCAUGAUACUCAGAAAUUAUUUAAAAAAAGACUAUAUUGAUCAUAUAGAUUUUAAUUUGGUUGACUGUAAAAAUCCAUCUAAUUUCCUUUCCUUAGAUCAAAUUUAUUUUGGUGCUAAAACUGAAGCCUUAAUGACAAAGCCCAACACUGUAAAAAAUUAAGUUCAUAACUUUAAAUUAAGAGCAUUAGAUUUUUAUAUUGAGCUUUGUACGCAAAUAAAAAAAAGAUUUGACUUUUGUGAUCCCGUUUUAAAUUUUCUUAAAAUCUUAAACCCGCAAGUGGCAAUGUCUGGUGAGAUACCCAGCAUUUCAUUACCUGUACAAACUCAUUUUCCCCAACUAGUGGAUGAUAUUGAAAGCCUAAAUAUUGAGUGGAGAAUGUUAGCUGAUUUAUCAGAAUUAAAAAAAAUAGAGGCUACAAAUUUCGAGACAUUCUGGUCAAAAAUUUUUUUAAUGAAAAAUACUUUAAAUGAAUUAAUGUUUCCAAAUUUAGCAAAGUUAAUGCAAAGUCUUUUGUCUCUACCCCAUUCAUCUGCUGCGGCUGAACGAAGAUUUUCGCAAGUAACUUUGCUGAAAACGAAAUUGAGAAAUCGUCUGGAAAUUUAAACACUAGAUAACAUUUUACAUACCAAAGAAAUGUUAAAUGACCAGAUCUGUUAUAAUUGGGAACCGUCACCUUCUUUAUUGAAGAAAAAAAAUAAUUAUUGAUUAACUAUAAUGAUUUUUUUAUUAUGACGAAUUUAUGUUUCUUUUUUUCUACCCUAGAACUAAUCUUUGGUUGCCAUUUUUGUUUUGUUUUUGGAAUUAGUGAUUUAUUUUUGUUAAGUUUAUGUAUUAGU